AUGCGCAAACCCAGACGUCGGAACCCGUUGAAUGUCCCUUACAUUCACAGCCGAAUAACACUCGGGCGGCAGUUGCGGUGCUUUGAGGGUGCAUGGAAUUUCUGGGCCGAGGUCUGGUCACUAACACGCCUAUCUUCCAGACUAGAGAAAAUAGCACCUCGCGAUCGUUGCACCCCUGCAAGUUCUAUCAGCCGCAGAGUUCUACGUGUCCUCGACAAGUCCCUGUCUACAGUCGGUUUAAUUCUUCAGCCACAUUCAGUCAUCCAGUUUCCUCGAGUUUCCGAGGGAAUAUACUUCACCAUUGAGAUGGCCGACACGACAGAGCCGACGAACACGUCGGGCGAGCUGCCUAACCCGGCUCCUGAGUCGACGGAAUUACCAUCUGUUGAAACCACGCAGCCGACCACGACAGAUAAUUCCCUUCCACCGAUAGACACAUCUCUGCCUCCUAUCGAUUCUACAAUGCCGGCAAUGGACGAUCAUCUACCCAACCUUGACCAUACGCUGCCCCCGAUCGAUGCGACAAUACCCUCCUUGCCGCCCAUUGACACUUCGCUGCCACCACUGGACACUACAUUGCCGGCUGCAGAUGGGCAUUUGCCGGGCGGGGAGCCUGACUUCUCCUUUCCCGACACCAAGUCGUUGUCCAACGAAGGUCAUGCAUCGGAGCCUACGCAUUCAGGGCCAGGAACGAGUUUUGAUUUUACGGAGCAAUCCGUACAGUCGUCUACACCUGCUCCUACGUAUCAGUCCCCCGUGAAUGGCACCCCACUGCAACAACCAGCCCAGCAACAGUCGCAACCACUGCAGCAACAGCACCAGCCGCAGCCAGGGCAGCAGCAGCAGCAUCAGACAACGCCGGGUCAGACCCCACAACCGCAGCCGCCAUAUCAUCAACAAUAUGCGCAGCCACCGCAGCAUUCACCCUCCCAUCAGUCUACGCCUGCGCCACAACAUACGCCGUCGCAGCAGUCCCAGCAAUAUACGCCGGGGCAGCCACAGCCGCAUCAGUAUCAGCAGCAGCAGCCGCCGCAGCAAGGAUCGGACAUGUACCACAACCACCAGAGUCAUUCCCCCUCAAUGAAUGCGCCUUCGAUGCAGCCCAUGGAUCAUCAUGCCGUUUCGGGACAAUCGUCGCAGAUCCCUCAGGCACCUAUUGGCUCACCGAUGCCAUCCAAUAUGCCUCCGAUGCCGUCGGUGGGCCAGUACAUGACGGGAUACCCUACCAAUGUCGGGCAGAUGGGCAUGAACGCAAACGCGCAAAUGCGCUAUCAGUUACCAGGAGAUCCCAAUAAGCUGUUGUCGGGCGGACGGCAUAAGAAGGAGGUGAAACGUCGGACGAAGACGGGGUGUCUCACCUGUCGUAAGCGGAGAAUCAAGGUACGUACCAGGAAAAUAUGGCAGAGAGAAAAAAAAAAGCAUGACCCCUCAGCAAUAAGUGAGAUGGGAUUGGCGGGAGAGAAAGGGGGAGAGAUGCAGUUGGAAAGGCACAGAGAGAGAGAGAGGCGGGGAGCGAGGGAAUGGCGGAGGGGCGGGCCUUUCGCUUGUGCAGCAGCAACCCCGCCGGUCGCUUGUUGUUGUUUGCGCCCACUCGCCUAUCGCUGUGCUCCCCGCCUGUCUGGGCUGCCUUUUUUCGCUGCCACCCCUCGACCUCCUUCCUCGUGCUUAUUUUUUUGCUUUAUUAUUUCCCAAGCUCUAGCAGACCAUUACCUGUCGGCUGAGUCUUGCCACUGA